AUGGCUGGAAGCGAGGACGCGGCCAAGGCACUUCACGACAAGUCGGUGGGGCUGAAGCUGGGCGAUCGCUUUCCGGACUUCGAGGCGGACACGAGCACGGCGGGCCGCAUAAAGUGGCACGACUACAUCGACGGCAGCUGGGCGAUUCUCUUCUCGCACCCUGCUGACUUCACCCCCGUGUGCACGACGGAGCUGGGCAGCGUGGCGAAAUUCGCAGAGGAUUUCGCGAAGAAGGGCGUGAAGGUGGCAGCUUUGAGCUGCGACAGCGCUGACUCGCACCGCGCGUGGAUUAGCGACAUAGAGGCCUUCACUCCAGGCAUCAAGGUCACCUAUCCGAUAAUCGCGGACCCGAGUCGCGACAUCGCGGUGAAGCUGGGCAUGCUGGAUGCAGUGGCGAAGGACGCGGCGGGGCUGCCUCUGACAGCGCGAGCCGUGUUCGUGGUGGGCCCGGAUAAGACGCUCAAGCUCUCCAUCCUGUACCCCGCAACCACUGGUCGCAAUUUUCAUGAGAUCUUGCGGGUGAUAGACAGCCUGCAGCUGACGGCCAAGUACAGCGUGGCGACGCCAGUGGAUUGGAAGCACGGCGAUGACGUCAUAGUUGCUCCAUCAGUCAGCAACGAGGCAGCCAAAGAAAAGUUCCCCAAGGGCUUCAAGACGGUUGAGCUCCCCUCUGGCAAGUCUUAUCUAAGGACUACACCACAGCCCGACCUGUGA